GUCGGGGACGUGCCUCGGGCACGAGCGUGUGUCGGGGACGCGCGCGGACGGCUGGUGCUGACGGUGCGGGAGCGGGAGCCGGGCCCCCGCGUCCCCGACACCCGGCAGAUUGCGGCACCAUGUCCUUCAAGAGAGAGAUGCCACUUGCGAAUGCAGUGUUCUGGACAGCACGGAAAGGAAAUGCCACCCUGUUAAGGCUGCUUCUAAACAGUGGUCGGAUGGAUGCAGACUGCAGAGACAGUCUUGGGACAACCGCUUUGAUGGUGGCUUCAUACUGUAAUCACAUGGAUUGUGUUCGGGAGCUGAUCCUGCAAGGAGCGGGCAUUAACAUCCAAAGGGAGUCAGGCGCCACUGCGCUAUACUUCGCUGCCCAACAAGGGAACGAUGCGGUUGUGAAGUUCCUGUUGGAGUAUGGUGCCUCAACGGAGCUGUCGACCAAAGAUGGUGCCACUCCUCUGUCCAUUGCCAGUCAGUAUGGCCACAACAAAGUGGUGGAGACUUUGCUCAACAGGAGAUGCAACAUUAAUAUCCAGUUGCAGGACGGGGCGACCUCACUCUUUCUGGCUGCACAGGGAGGUCAUCUUAAAGUGGUUCAAGAGCUCCUGUCAGCGGGAGCAAAGAUUGACCAACCAAGACAGGAUCUAACCACACCAUUGUGGAUCGCAGCACAGAUGGGACAUAUCGAUAUCGUUAAGCUGCUACUCCAACAUGGAGCGAGCUCAGAUACUCCUCGCAAGGAUGGUUCUACACCUUUGUUCAAAGCUGCAUACAAAGGGUUCACAGAAGUUGUUCGGGAGUUACUGAUGUUUUCUCCCUCACUGGGAGUUCUAAAGAAUGGAACGACAGCCCUCCAUGCUGCAGUGUUAGGAGGGAGCGCAAGGACAGUGGCCCUUCUCGUUGAAUCCGGAGCAGAUACAAGCCUAAGGAACGCGGAGAAAGAGUUACCAGCAGAUCUCACGAGGGAUGUCCGGCUGAUCCGAUGUCUUCGGUCAAGACAACAGAGUGGAGAGAGUUGAAGAUGUGGGACUGACGUCUGACAAACGCUUCAGAGUGCAGUGAGAGCUGGAAGGACUUUACUUUGGACUGGGGAGAGUUGUGAUGAAGUGAUUCAUAAAGAUGUGGCAUAAAAACAAAUUCAGAAGCCAUAUUUGGGUUUGAUGUGUAUCCUUUGUUUUUAUCAUUUAUUUUAAUUAAAAAUAAUUUUGUGUAAUUUUAACAUCACUGGAGCCUUUUAAUUCACUAAGAGUUGAAGGGAAGGAUUCCCUGUUUACUGGUGAUGACAGAACCUUGAGAAAAGAGAAUGUAUUUGUGCUUUUGGUAUUUAUAGCAAAUGGAAAUAUUUCCUCAUUGUCUCUUACUGAUAGUUACGUUUUCUGCCGUAAACUUAAUUAUCGACACCAAGCUAAAUGAAUAAGGUGUAGUAUUGAAGUAUUAUUUUGACACUGGCUGCUUUAAGGUUUUGGGUAAAAGAUGUGAAAGAAGCAUUUUGAGGUGAUGGUCUGGAGCUCACUGCCUGUAGGGAGAAGGGAAUGGAUGCAGUGUCAGUCGGGUCUUCAGAAGGGAACUGGACGAGGCACUUGGAGGGAGAAUAAUCUGCAGGUCUACUGGGAAGGGACGGGGCAGUGGGACUGACUGAAUUGCUCUGCAGGGAGCUGGCAUGAACUUAAUAGACCGAAUAGCUUCUUCUGUGCAGUUGCAAUUCUCUGAUCUGUUGUUUGAUCUAAGAUAUUCUCAGCAGGUAGAGGUGGAUCAAUGCACUGCCA